CGCUUCCCGGCGCUGGGAGGAGCGCGGGGCUCCGAGGCUGCCGUCCUGGGGACCUGCGGCGGCGGCGGCGGAAUCGCGGUUGCCCUUUGAACGGGGAAAAAAAACAAAAAAGGGAAGGGAAGAGCGAUGAAGACGCUGCAAUGCCUCCUGCCAAAAGUCAAGAGCAAAUCGCAGUUGCAGUGGCUCUGCUAAAACUUGAUAAUGCGGGAUUUCAAGCGAUAAAGAGCUGCCGGGCUUGCGUGUACUGCAGUGGGAACAAGUUGCAGAAUGAAAUCCAGGCGUUAAGGGACCUGUUUUCCACUUCGUUGUUUGCAAAGGAAUCUACUGAAAUGACUUUGAGGAUCUUUAAACUGGAACUAUGUGGAGGGCGAAUGCACCCCCCUUUGUCUGCGUCCCUCUCCUCCUAGCUGCCCUCCCGCGCUGCCAUGUCGCUCGCAGGCUGCGGCGGGGACCACGCGUGCGGCCAACGGCACGGAGGCCGCCCCUGAGCCCGGGCACCGAGGGGCGCGACAUGCCCGGGGCCGCGGCAUGCCCUGCACCAGCACCACUGGCACCACCAGCACCGGCUCCACCGGCACUACCGGUACCACCGGCACCCGCCGCCGCUCCGUCUCCUGAGGCGCUGGGGGAUAAAGCUGGCAAAGAUGAGGAAAAUUGGCUGUGCUCUCCUGGUACUCCAAGCUCUUCUGGCGCCUUUGGAUCUUGUUCGUGGAGCGGAGAAAAGUUAUCCUGUCCUGAACAUUGCAGUGAUUCUGGGAAGGACCAAGUCUAUCACAGAGAGAGAUAUCAGAGCUCUCUGGACCAGGGAAAUGUCAGCAGACCUGACUGUUGAUGUCAAUGUGGUGACCCUUCUGGUGGACCAGACUGACCCUAAAAGCAUCAUAACACACAUUUGCGACUUGAUGUCAGGCACCAAGAUCCAUGGAGUGGUUUUUGGAGAUGAUACUGAUCAGGAGGCAGUAGCUCAGAUUUUGGAUUUUAUUUCAUCUCAGACUUCUAUUCCAAUUCUUGGAAUUCAUGGCGGGGCAUCCAUGAUAAUGGCAGAUAAGGAUGUGAUGUCCACGUUCUUCCAGUUUGGGGCUUCCAUCCAGCAGGAAGCCAUCAUCAUGCUGAAGAUCAUGCAGGAUUAUGACUGGCAUGUGUUCUCUCUGGUGACCACCACCUUCCCUGGAUAUCGAGACUUCAUCAAUGUUAUUAAGACCACAGUGGAAAAUAGUUUUGUGGGCUGGGACAUGCAGAAUGUCAUCAUACUCGAUACCGCCUUUGGAGAUGCCAAGACCCAAAUUCAGCUGAAGAAAAUUCAUUCAUCUGUCAUCCUGCUAUAUUGUUCCAAGGAUGAAGCUGUCUACAUACUGGAUGAGGCUCGUUCCCUGGGCCUUACUGGCUAUGAUUUCUUUUGGAUAGUUCCCAGCCUGGUUAGUGGUAACACAGAAAUCACUCCCAAGGAGUUUCCUUCAGGGCUCAUUUCAGCAUCUUAUGACGAAUGGGACUACAGUUUAGAAGCUCGGGUACGGGAUGGCCUUGGGAUUAUUGCCACUGCUGCAUCAGCCAUGCUGGAAAAAUACUCCUUCAUUCCGGAAGCAAAAACCAGCUGCUAUGGACAACUGGAGAAAAAUGACCGGCCAUCUCACACCUUGCACAAGUUUAUGAUGAAUGUGACUUGGGAAGGUAAAGAUUUGUCCUUCACAGCAGAUGGUUAUCAGGCACACCCCAGGCUGGUGGUGAUAGUACUCAACAAUGAUCGCCAGUGGGAAAAGGUGGGGAAAUGGGAGAACAACUCCUUGAGCCUGAAGUACUCUGUCUGGCCAAGGUACAGCUCUUUUGCAGACAGCGACCCUGACGAUAACCAUUUGAAUAUUGUCACCCUGGAGGAGGCUCCCUUUGUCAUUGUUGAGGAUGUGGAUCCUUUGAUGGAAAGUUGCCAGAAAAACACUGUGCCAUGUCGUAAAUUUGUCAAAAUUAACAACUCAACUAAUGAGGGAACUAAUGUAAAGAAGUGCUGCAAAGGAUUCUGCAUUGAUAUCUUGAAGAAGUUGUCUAAAACUGUCAAGUUCACCUAUGACCUGUAUCUGGUGACUAAUGGGAAACAUGGCAAAAAAGUCAAUAAUGUGUGGAAUGGAAUGAUUGGUGAAGUGGUAUACCAUCGUGCAGUUAUGGCUGUGGGGUCUCUCACUAUUAAUGAAGAGCGCUCUGAAGUGGUUGACUUUUCAGUGCCAUUUGUUGAGACUGGGAUUAGUGUCAUGGUGUCACGGAGCAAUGGCACAGUUUCACCAUCUGCUUUUCUAGAGCCUUUUAGUGCUUCUGUGUGGGUGAUGAUGUUUGUUAUGCUUCUCAUUGUGUCCGCCAUGGCUGUCUUCAUAUUUGAGUACUUUAGUCCUGUAGGAUAUAACAGGAACUUGGCACAAGGGAGAGAUCCCCACGGACCAUCCUUUACCAUUGGAAAGGCAGUGUGGUUACUCUGGGGCUUGGUAUUCAACAACUCUGUGCCUGUGCAAAACCCCAAAGGGACGACAAGUAAAAUCAUGGUGUCAGUUUGGGCUUUCUUUGCUGUCAUUUUCCUGGCUAGUUACACUGCCAACUUAGCUGCCUUUAUGAUUCAAGAGGAGUUUGUUGACCAAGUGACUGGACUGAGUGAUAAAAAGUUUCAAAGGCCAUAUGAUUAUUCACCUCCUUUUCGAUUUGGAACAGUCCCAAAUGGAAGCACAGAGAGGAAUAUCAGAAACAACUACCCUGAUAUGCAUCUUUACAUGACGAAGUACAAUCAGAAAGGAGUGGAAGAUGCCUUGGUCAGCUUGAAAACUGGGAAGUUGGAUGCUUUCAUCUAUGAUGCAGCAGUGCUGAACUACAAGGCUGGAAGAGAUGAAGGCUGCAAACUUGUCACAAUAGGGAGUGGAUACAUCUUUGCCACUACAGGCUAUGGAAUUGCCCUUCAGAAAGGAUCACCUUGGAAGAGACAAAUUGAUCUAGCCCUCCUUCAGUUUGUUGGAGAUGGGGAAAUGGAAGAGUUAGAAACCCUGUGGCUGACUGGUAUCUGCCACAACGAGAAGAACGAAGUCAUGAGCAGCCAGCUGGACAUCGACAACAUGGCAGGAGUGUUUUACAUGCUUGCAGCAGCCAUGGCACUCAGUUUAAUAACCUUUGUCUGGGAGCACUUAUUUUACUGGAAACUUAGAUUCUGCUUCACUGGAGUCUGCUCAGAUAGGCCGGGAUUGUUGUUCUCAAUCAGCAGGGGUAUUUACAGCUGCAUUCAUGGAGUACACAUUGAAGAAAAGAAGAAGUCUCCUGACUUUUCUUUGACUAAUUCCCAAACCAACAUGUUAAAACUACUGCGAACAGCAAAAAAUAUGACCAAUAUGAACCCUUCAAGAAUUAACUCCCCCAAAAGAACAGCUGAUUUUAUUCAGAGGGGUUCCUUGAUUAUGGACAUGGUCAUGGAUAAGGGAAACUUGAUGUUUUCUGAUAACAGAUCCUUUCAGACAAAGGACAACUUUUUUGGUGACAACAUAAGUGAACUGCAGACACUUCCUGGCAAUCGACACAAGGACAAUCUUAACAACUAUGUUUUCCAAGGUCAGCAUCCUCUCACGCUGAAUGAAUCCAAUCCAAAUACAGUAGAGGUUGCAGUAACAGCAGAAGCAAAAGCAAACUCCAGACCUAGGCAGCUUUGGAGGAAAUCUGUUGAAUCUUUACGUCAAGAAUCUGUACGUCAGAGCCAAGGUUCCCAGAGAGAAGACGGGUCAGAUGAAAACAGGCAGCUUUCAGUGAAAAGCCAAAGAUACCUCCCAGAAGAGGUCAUCCAUUCAGAUGUAUCAGAGACAUCAAGCCGAGCUACUUGCCAUAUGGAACCUGAAAACAACAACAAGCACCACAAAACCAAGGACAAUUUUAAAAAGAGGACAGUAGCAUCAAAAUACCCAAAAGACUGUAGUGAAGUGGAACUGACAUAUCUGAAAACCAAACAGAGCUCUCCACGGGAUAAAAUCUACACAAUUGAUGCUGACAAGGAGCCAGGAUUCCGCUUGGACACACCUCAGUACAUCGAAAACAUUGUCCUUCCAGAAACUAUAGAGCUUCCUGAUGUUUAUCAAGAUCACAAUGACAUCUACAGGAAAGCAGAACUUGCUAACAGGACUCCCUCGCAUAAUGAAGACAGUCUUCCAAAUAAUGACCAGUAUAAACUUUAUGCAAAGCACUACACUUUAAAAGAUAAAAAUGCUUCCCUAGUUGACAUGAACGAUAGAUACAGGCAGAAUUCCACCCACUGCAGGAGCUGUCUUUCCAAUUUGCCCACUUAUGCAGGACACUAUUCGAGCAGAUCUCCUUAUAAAUGUGACGCGUGCUUGCGGAUGGGGAACCUCUAUGAUAUUGAAGAAGAUCAGAUGCUGCAGGAUACAACAAACUUAUCACUUCCUGAAGAAAUAUAUCAGCAUAGUUGGUCACAAAACAAUGCCCUGCAAUAUCAUAAAAAAAACAAGCUGAGGAUUAGCAGGCAACAUUCUUUUGAUAAUAUUGCUGAUAAGUCCAGGGAAAUUGAUUUUGGAAGACCUUCUCGUAGUAUAAGCUUGAAAGAAAGAGAAAAAUUUCUACAAAGUAGUCCAUACGCAAGCAUGUUUAGUGUUCCCUCAAGCAAACUGUUGAGCAACAAGGCCUCACUUUUAACUCAUGCUCUGGAGGACAGUAAGCGGAGCAAGUCCCUGUAUCCUGUUCACUCAGAUGAUAACCCCUUUCUGCACUCGUAUCGUGAUGACCAGCACUUAUCUCUUAGGCGAAGUCCAGCUGAUCUUUAUAAACAUUCAUUACCAACAAGAGGAAGAAAUGAUAAUUAUUUAAGGUCAUCCAUAAAAUCUACAGCAUCUUACUGUUCCAGGGAUGGUCGGAUCCAUAAUGACAUCUGCUGCUAUUCUUGAAGAGGAGAAAAGAAUCUUCCUGCAUAAGUGACCAUCCUUUCUGUACCUUUCUGGAUGGUGCUGGUGACUUGUUACAUUUUCCUGAUUACAGCUCUAGCAGUUUGUUGGUCAUUCCUAUCACCAAGAUUUCACGUGACUCCAGCUGGAACUGAAUCAGGCUGUAAAUGAUAUGGGCCAUUCUUGGUAGCAUGUCCUGUAGUGUUACACUGCUCCUGGACGACAACUUUUGUGGAGGCAGGAUAUUGAAUUGCUGAGGAAUGGAGUAGGUACAUGGAGGUAAAACCAGCUACAUAGACAUACCUGCCUCUUGCUUUUUUUCUCUUUUAAAGACAUUGUAGAAUUUAUUCAUGUUUUUGUCUUUCCCUUUUCACCACAGUAAAUUUGCCUUUUUCCUUUCAAAUGGGUUUUGUGUUCUGCUUGUGUUUCUUAGAGCAGUGUAGCCACCCAAUAACUUAAUGCAUGGAAAUAAGACAUUUUAAUAUAUAAGAUAAAAUUAAGGAAAAUUAAGAGUUUUCGUAUUUCUGGAAAAUUUCAUUUAAUGUUUUUGCAGCUUUUGCUCAGAAUUAAUUAUUCUGCUAUUUAAGGAGUUUGAUUAGGAGAAAGAGUGCUGUGGACAAACAGAAACCAAAUCACCGCCAGCUCACUGUGUUUUGGCAGCAUCUCAUAAACCCCUGUCUCUAUCUGUGAUGUUUCAGGAACACUUAGGAGGAGAAAUACAGCUCAUGAGGGAAAUCAGAAACGGUUUUUUUUUCCUGGUGAAAAUAAAUCUUUUUACAUUGUUUUAAAGGAAGCAAAAGCUAGAGCUGUGUGUCUAGCUUUGGGUUUCAGUGCUGGAAGGCUUUCUGUUGUCAGUGCGGAGAGAGAGAAAGCUCCCUCUGGAUGGUAGUUUAGAGCAGUGAAGGCUCAGGAGCAGAUAUGUGUGUGAGGUGUCCUGAAAGAUUUUCUCUCUCUCCAUGGACUUUAUAGAAAGUAUGGGCUUCUAACUUAGACAUCUCAGUUAAAUGGGCUUAGAAAAGUAAUGGUCUAUUCGUCCCCAGCCUCAAAAAUCCACUAGUUAGAUCCACAAGUGGGUACCAAGUUAAACCUUGCAGGUGCAUAUGGGUUCCUGUGCUUCUGCACGUAGUUACUAAGGUGGCAUCUGAAAUAGAAGUGUCAGGAUCUAUUCCUUGCAGAGUAACUUGCUGCUUUCAUAUUUCUGCAGUGUAACAUAUGCAUCUUAGUGAUGGGGAAGAUUUUGGUAGUAUUCCUUCCCUUGCUGGGUUCAUCAAUAUAGAACAGGAAUUGUGGUAUGAAUCUAAGGGUCUAAGAGUCAGCUUGGAUUUAGGAAGAAUUCAAGAGGUGAAUCUUUUUUGUUGUUUUACACUGCAUUUAAGAUGUUUGAUAUAUAAAAUCUGGUGAUAACAGAUCUUUUAUGGCAAAAUCCUCUCUUAGUUAAUACAGAAGAGUAACUGUGACUUGGCUAGAUUGUGUUAGGUGUCAAUCAUUACAUCAUGUUCUUCUUUGAAGAUGGAGUGUCAUAUAUUCCCUUGCUAAACCUUCCCUUUCCUAGCUCUAGUCCUGUCUUAGCUCAAAAGUCCUUUUAAAGUAGGUAUCUUUUCUGUAUAGGGCAAUCUGGUUUGCAAUGUAAAAACUGUUUUCCAGUGAUACACUUAAAUUGUUUGUUUUACCAAUGUUAUUUUUUAAUCUAAACUUCCUUCCUAUUGAAAGAUAAGCCUUCAAAAUAUAACAGUGCUGAAGGAAAGAGCAUAAAGGCCUUUUAAAGUAUAACUUAGGAUAUAACCCAUUUCUCUGUCCAAACUCACCUGUACUGUCUUAUUUAAAUGUAGUAGUAACGUGUUAGUAUUUGCUAUCACUAGGAGGGAGCACAGUUUAAUCACAGCUGUGUAUUUAUUGGUGGAUGUAAGUGCAAGUACAGACAGAUAUGUGAUAUGACAGCGGAAAGGCUCAAUCUGCUCUGGCUGGAGUCACCUGUGAAGCUGUGGGUAAACUGGAGUCGCCUCAAGACCAUCACGUGUCUUCCAUCGCUCUGGUCAUGCAGACUUUUCUGUCUGAUGUGCACAUGUUGUACAGAGUGUGAAAUGCUUGUUGAUGCUCAGCUUUCAUCAUGGAAUGAAUCCCAUGUUCACUCCCAUUGCAGCGUCACUGUGGUGUUUGUGGGAUGGAGAGGUGGUUGGUUGUGCUCUCUAGUGUCUGUUGCCGUGUUAAAUGGGAGCAGAAAUCCUGACUUGCUUCUCUCAGCUCUGCUGGGGAGGGUUCCUGUGCUCUCUGUAAAUAAGCUCCUCAUUUAUGUCACCUCAGUCAAGCUUUUGAUUUUUUUUUUUCUGCGUGCCGUGCUUCUCUCAACCUGUGUACAGAGUAUGCUGUCUAAAACUACGUGCUCUUCCAAUGUCCUGCAACUUUGGAAGUCAGGAUUACAAGUGUGCAUCGCCCUGCACUGCAGUGAGAAUGCAUUUAGUGCUUCUCGCAGGUUCAUGAGCUUUUUUGUUAUGUACUGCAGAAAAGAUCUGCUGUGGUUCAAACUGUUUUGUUUUUAAAUGAAUGCCAGUCUAACAGCUGUAAGAAUCCACUGCUGAUUUUGUGAUGAUUUUGUCAUAUCUAUAAUUUAAGAACCAGAAAUAAUGUAAGUAAAAUUAACUUACCUCACUAUUUACCAGGUUUUUGUUGGUUUGCACUUAAAUGACAUUUUUUACUCCUUUUGUUUAGUUCUUUACCUGUAUUGAAAACAAUGCUAAAUUAGUAGAGAAUAUAACCAUGCUGUAACAUUGUCAUGCAAUACCUUUAUUAGUAGAUAACCACACUAAAUAUAGUAUUACAUAUUUAAAAGAGAGAUGGGUUUAACUCUCCAACUCUUAAGAAGUAGUGGUGAUAAGCAGUUAUACUCCUAGAUGUUUUGUCCUUUCCCUUUUGUAUUAGUAUUUGUUUUCACUAAUAUAUUUCAAAAAUUAUAUUUCUAUGUGCACGUUAGAAAACUGUGAAAAUAAAUGCCAGUAAAUAUUGUGAUACUUAUUCAGUGCACUGUAAAGUUCCAAGUGAGAUGAUAUUUUGCUUGGGAAUUGAUGAAGGUUUCCUCCCUUCUCAUAAAUGGUACUAAGCUUUAAUGUGGCCAAUGAUAAUAUUUACAGUGACAUGAAAUUUGAAUGGGGAAUGUCUUGUUUUGCAUUUCUAGUACUAUUACAAGAAAUGAUAUGUUUUUCUCAGCAAAUGUAUUAUGAGAACACUUUUUAUUUGUGCAUUGCAGUACAUAAGAAUAGCUGUUUUGAGGAGACUUGUGUUACAUCAUUACUACAGGAUUCUUUAGUCCGGUAAUUUUUUAUUGAGCCCAUUUAAUAAUGGUGUUUAAUGGCACAAACCUUUUCAAAAUAUAUUUUGGCUUCUGUUUCACAUUACAAACCCUGUAUUUGGACUCAGUGAUGCAGUCAAAGGCCCUUUCAAGUCUGCUGGGCCUCCCAGUGCUGCUGUGGAAGGGGACCUUUCUUGUUCACUGUUGGGACAAGAUAAGAGGAGUUGAGAAGAAUGUUGGAGGGUGUGUUAUGCAACAUUUGAAGUGUCAAUGAUCUUCAAGAGUGAAAACAAAAAUGAAACUGGAGGUUCACAGCUCCCCACACCAGCGGGUGGUCUGUGACAGGCUGCGGGGUGUGUGGUUUCUGAAGGAAAUAAUUUAUAACUAAAGCAAUUUGAGCUCUACUGAAGUUUCUAAAAGUCACUGAAAAAAACAGGAGUUGGCUUUUUAGGUUUUUUUUUUAAAGCCAAAGUCUUUAUGUUUUCAUACGAGGUUUCACAGGAAAAUGGGCCAAAGAAUACAAUUAAAUAUGCAAAAGAUUACUCCUAUGGAAAAGGGUAUCCUGUCAUCUUGAUAUGCACAAGCAUAUUAACGGUAAUGGGAAUAAUGUGUGUAAUUCUCCUGUACAUUGCUAUGUAGGUUGCACUAUUUUGAAUGAUACAAGCCCGAUAUUUUAAUUACCAAAUAUCAUAAGAAGCUGUUUAUUAAUAAACUUGCUAACUUAAAUAUAUAUACAGUAUACACACGUGUGCGUGCAUACACUUUCCAACCUAGUCAUGUGUGAAUCAUCUCCCAAAGCUGUGGGACACAUUUCAGCAGGGCUUUAUUUUAAGGGAUUCUCUUCUCUCUUUUACAAACCUCCUACAUCCCAAGUCCUCUAGCAGCAUUUAUUGUAGGGUUUGAUACCUAGUACAGAAGAGGCUGAAGGACAUGCUGGGAUCAGGACUGAAUUGUGCUAAGACACGUAAACACACGGCAGAGGAGAGUUACUGUCUGAAAGAGCUGGAAAUGGCACUCACUAUAAAUAACAAAGACAUAGGAAAAGGAUGUUUUCUUGCAGUCUUCUGAAAAUUCAUGUCCAGAGAGGGUCUAUUGGCCUGGUGACUGACUAACAUUCUUUGUCAGCUUACACGAUCCUCAUCUGGUCAUUAAACAUGUUAUAUGAGGUAGCUGAGGAAGGAUACCUAAACCCCUCAAAUUCCCAGGGAAGAUCAGCUGAUGUGUGCACCAGUGCCUGCCCAUGCAGACUGGGCUGUUUCCCAAGCUGGUUUUGCACCCAGAGGCAGUAUUUAGCUGUGAUGUUUGUCAGAAUCACUUUUCUCAAUGCACAGGCUUUUGAGCUUUCUGUUACUGGUGAUGUAGAGAUUUUGCCGAAGAGAUGAUUGUGGUAUUCAGCUUCUUUUCUAAAGUUACAAAGCUUUAACCAAAAAGUAUGACAGAAAAAUACCUUGGAAUCAUUUGGGUUUUGUUUGUUGGUUGGUUUUGUUUGUUUUUUUUCAAAGGGAGAGUUGGAUAGUUAUCAAUUUUUCCACCUUAACUGAGAAACUGAAAAUUGUGUAGGGUCAGAUUUUGUCUGUGGUUCAUUACAAAUAUGUCUUGGAGAAGAACUUGGAAUCAAGUCCUUCAUCGGCAAGAAGAUAAGUUUUGGUUAGUUCAUUUUUACCUGGCCUAGGUCUGGAUUCCAAAUUAAGACAAAACACCGUUUGACUUAAACAGGGAUGUGUGAGGGAGUGAUGGGAGAGCAGAUCCUUAGCGCAGUUCACGCUCAGAAUUAAAAACCCCCAAACCACACCUAAUGUUGCAAAGGUAUGGAAGGUGCAUCAUGUAAAAUUAUGUGCAGCUGGGAUGGAAACGAGUGACAUUUUUAAUAAGAACUGUUUUCAGGUUAUACUUGAUAUCAGGUAUCAUGAUUUGAAAUAGUCUUACUCAUUUCAGAACGUCCAUUUUGCACUGGUGAAGAACAGCUUGAUCUCUCUGUCUUCACACCUCACACCCACAUGCACAUGCACAGUAUAUCUUGUGUCUUCCCUGUUGAAACCAGAAGGUACAAACAGAAUUCAUCAAUGUGUUAGGUAAACUCCUACCUGAUUCUUAACAAAGUAUGCUAUUUUUAUGCAAAAUUUACAUCUAUCCAUUUCAGGUUCUCUCAGAAGCACUUCACCUGUGAGUAAAUAAUGUUAGUUUUAAUUCACUGGAUUCAGAUUUACACUAAUCCUGAAGGGCAUUUCAUGCUUCCUUUCAUCCUGUGUAACUAUUUUUGCUGGCUUAGAUGAAAUCACUGAUAUUUCUGUGCUGCUAAAAAAACUCCACCAGAAGUAUUUUAAAAUCUCAAAUUACACUUUUAAAAACAUUUUAACCUGUUUACUUGAAUAAUGUAAAUUUAAUGUGUUGUCCUGAUGAGUCUUUGUAUACAUACAUGUAUACAUACAAGCUAUAUAUAAGCUUUAUAUAUAUGUAUAUGUAUAAAGCUUUUGGGGAGAAUGAUGGGCAAGACAAAAAUACAUCAUUGUGACCCAGAUUCUACAACCAUUUAUUAACAGUUUCAAGUAAUACAUUGCUAUUUUGAGUUUGACUAGACAUUAUUUGCAGUUGACUCUCAAAACCAAGAUGUAACUGGAAAUCAGUACUGGAUCUUCAGUCACCAUCCUAAGACCAGUUUAGUUUCAUUUGUAUCUUGAGAAACUAAGAAUUCACAAUAUUAACUUAGGAUUUUGGUCAGAAAGAAACUCAGUUGUUAGUACAGUUGGAAAAGUAUUCUUGUUCUGAUGGGAGAAAAAUGUCCAGGUGUACUAAUCUGACCUGCUUACCAGAGCACUGCUAUAUGUUGCAGUAGAAGAAAUUUGCAUUCCCUAAAUAACAUCUUGCCACAAAUCUUGGAACCAUUUGAUUCCAUGCACAGUAAAUUAAAAAGCCAAACUUCUGUUAUUUACUUGUGCAAUUUACUGUGACAGUCAAGAGUAUAAUAUUUCAAACCAAAAGGUAAGUCCUAAAUUCCCAAUUGCUAGCAAAGAACAGCAGAGGUUUGAAGACCUCUUAACACCUGGGGAAAUAAAUUGGGUUGUUAGAAUAGGAACAAAAGAACACUGGUGAAAUGGAAUCAAGCAUAAAAUACUUUAAGAUAAGAUUCAUAGUCUAAUGGAUUCUUCAAAAGGAAGUGUUUAGGGAACAAGAGAAUAAUUACAAGCUAGUUUUGACAUCCCAAUUACUGCCUGGUUUAUUAGGUAGGGUUAGCAAACUGAAAUGAAUUUCAAUACACAUGUUUCUGUACACACACGGUGUCAACUGCCGUGUUAUAGAUACACAUACACCCAGCUACCCCUGCACCCCUCUGUCCCUGCCUCUGGAAUCCUGGUGGCAGUGGGAUCUACCCAAUAGCACACAUUGCAGCUUGAAGGAGCUGGGAUGUUCAUGCUCUUCUCCCCGUGGUACGCAUAUACCACCUCACAGCAGUUCACCCUGACCCAGUGCAUGACUGAGUGCUAAUACUGUAUAAAUAUUUUGAAACAUAUCUAAAACAAAUGUUUGCUUCAAACUUUUUAUGAUAGAGAAAUAUAUAAUUAUUAUGGUUGUCUUACAAAUUGUAUUGUGUUCAUUUUUUUGUUAAAUAUGUAGAAAAACAUUAAGGGAAUGGGGGACUCGAAUGUCUGUGCGUACCGAAAUGUAUAUAUUUGGGGAAAACACACGUGCCAAGUAUAACAUGAUGUAAAAAUUGUAAAUAUAUGAAAAAAUCAUUUUUCUAAUAAAGAUAAUUUCUGCAAAUUGA